AUGCUACUGUCCAUAUGCUCUGGUUCUCGUACUUCAGCACUGAUAAAGGUGUUCGGCUUCCUUUUCCUGGCUGCUACUGCAGCGUUUGCCCCGGCCAAAGCGCUAACAACCGAUCUCCCAUCGUCUCCGACUGCCUCGGAGCAGAAGACAUGGGAAGCUUUCGUGGACUACGCUCUGGACUAUGAGAAGAGCUAUCGCAACGACGCCAACGACCACGACGUGGUGCAGCUGCGUUUCCGAGCCUUCGCGACCAAUUUGGAGCGCAUCCAGACGCACAACGAGGCCUACGACUCCAAGUCCUCGAGUGCAUCUGAGACGUUCGUUAAACCUGAGAACGUUGAAGAUCUACCAGCGACUUGGGACUGGCAUGAGCAUAGCACUGCCACACCCGUAAAGAACCAAGGGCAGUGCGGCUCGUGCUGGGCCUUCUCGGCCGUUGCGGCCAUGGAAUGUGCCUACGCUCUGAGCACUGGCACGUUGGAGUCGCUCUCGGAGCAAGAGCUCGUGGACUGCACUCUUAACGGCAUCGAUACCUGCAACCAUGGAGGAGAGAUGAGUGAGGGAUACGAAGAGAUCAUUAUCAACCACAAGGGCAAGAUUGACCGCGAGGAGGAUUAUGGGUACACGGCCGAGUCUAAGGGCGUGUGCAACGCCAAGGACGAUAAGGCUAUUGGCCACUUUACCUCGUACGCCAAUGUGACGUCCGACGAUGAAGCUGCGCUACAGGCGGCCAUUGCCACAAAGGGUGUGCAGGCCGUGGCCAUUGACGACAGUAGCUUCACGUUCCAACUGUACCGCCACGGAGUGUACAGCUGGCCGCUGUGCGGCAACGCCCCCGACGCGUUGGACCACGGCGUGGCUGCAGCUGGCUAUGGCGUCUACAAGAAGAAGGACUAUUGGCUCGUUAAGAACUCGUGGGGCAACUCGUGGGGCAUGAAGGGCUACAUCAUGAUGAGCCGCAACAAAGACAACCAGUGCGGCAUCGCCACAGAUGCCACGUACCCGAUUAUGACAAAGGAGGAAGUCGUCGAGGACCGUCCUAUAGUUCUGGAGACGACGAAGCUGGCCAGCAUCAUGUAA